GCGGCGCCCCCGGGUGGCUCCGCGCGCUCUGCGGUUGCUCCCGCCGGCCAGCCCGCCCCGCACGGUUGUCGUGGAGAGGGACGCGUAGGCCACGCCACUGCGGGCGGGGCGGGCGGUGGCCGCUGAGUAGAGAUCCCCGGUUCGGCCGUCCCCUGGGCGAGCCCCACGGAGUCCUGUCUCGCCUCCUCGCCUGGUGGACCGCGCCGGCAUGUCGGGCGAGGCGAGUGCGCCCGGGGCCUCCCCCAGGGCCCCGCGUCCCGGCACCCAGAAGUCGUCCGGCUCAGUGACCAAGAAGGGGGAUCGCGGGGCCAAGGAGAAACCGGCCACCGUCCUGCAGCCGGUGGGCGAGGAGGAGCCCAAGAACCCUGAGGAGUACCAGUGCACCGGGGUCCUCGAGAUGGAUUUCGCGGAGCUCUGCACGCGCUCGGGCUACACGGACUUCCCCAAAGUUGUCCCCCGGCCUCGCCCGCACCCGACCUUCGUCCCCUCGGCCUCGAUGUCGGAAAAACCCACCCAGGAUGAUCAGCGCCUGUCAGGGUCUUGCAGCCUCAACAGUCUGGAGAGCAAGUACGUGUUCUUCCGGCCCACCAUCCAGGUGGAGCUGGAGCCCGAAGACAAGUGGGUAAAGGAAAUCUACAUCCGUGUUCCUCCAUUGGAAGGCCAUCCUUUGAUUCUUUUUCCAAGCUGCACCCCAGAGACCCACACCUCCUCUCUCACCCCUUCCCUCCUGGGGCCUCAGCGGUGCCUCCUGGUUCUGACCUUCCCCAUCCUCAGGAAGGUGUCUCUGGAGGGCAACCCGCUGCCCGAGCAGUCCUAUCACAAGCUCAUGGCGCUGGACAGCACGAUCUCCCACUUGUCCCUACGGAACAACGACAUCGACGACAACGGGGCACAGCUGCUGGGCCAGGCUCUGUCCACGCUGCACAGCUGCAAUCGGACCCUGGUCUCCCUCAACCUGGGCUUCAACCACAUUGGGGACGCGGGUGCUGGCUACAUCGCAGAUGGCCUCCGGCUGAACCGCUCCCUGCUCUGGCUGUCACUGGCGCACAACCGCAUCCAGGACCAGGGCGCCCUGAAGCUGGCCGAGGUCCUGCGCCCCUUCGAGCUGACGCACACUGAGGUGGUCGAGCGCCGCCGCCUCCUGCUGGAGAAGGGGUCUCAGGAGCGCUCACGAUUGCCUUCCUCCUCCCGACACGGGGACUCCAAAGCAGAGCGCGACAAGAACCCCCUGAUGGGGGUCAGCAGUGCUGCACUGGCCGAAAAGCCAGACAAGACGUCGACAACGAAGACCCCGAAAGGCCUGGGCAAGAAAAAGGAGAAAUCAGGGGACCCGGUGAAGAAAGAGGAGAAGUCAGGGUCUGGGCAGUCACCCACACAGGGAACCCCCAAGAAAGAAGACGCCGCCAAGGCAGGCAAGGGGAAGGUCACCAUUCCCGAGCAGAAGCCGAGCAAAGGAAAGGGGCCCAAGACCGGAAACAAAGAGAAGCGCAGUUUCCUGAUGGAGUCCGAGCAGCUGGUUGCCGAGCCUUCAGAGAUGGUCAACCCUCUCCUGGAGCCUGUGGAACACCGAGAGGGGAAAGUGUUCAUGCCCGGGAACAAGGUCCUUUUGCACCUCAAUCUCAUGCGAAACCGCAUCACCGAGGUGGGGCUGGAGAGCUUCCUGGCCACAGUGCAGCACCAGGCCCAGUUCUCCAAGUCUAGGAGCGGGGCCAGGGGCCCCAUGGGGCUGCUGCACCUGUCGCUGGCGAAAAACUGCUUCUCCCCACAAUGUCCCAUGUACACCAUGAUCCAGGAGCUGAUGCUGCCAAGGGACCCCAUCAGUAAGGCCAAGCCCAGAGAGGAGGAGACCAUGGCUUCCUCCACCUAGCCCCCUUCCUGCUUCUUCCCCAGGCGCUGGGCUCCCCAGCCGCAGCAGCUCUGCUCCGCGUGGUGGGCUGGCCUCCCCGGGGCAGAUCUUGGGUCAUUAACAAAAUCUAUUAUUGCUGUACUUUCCCCCUUGAGGUUGCCUGAAAACUCUGUUCCAGAACUACAUGGAAUGUUUGGACUCUGAGUCUCUUCAUGUC